ACUAAAGCCUUUGAAGCCCCUCUCACUCUCCCUUCCCUUUCUCUCUAGAAUUUGUUUCCAAGAAAAGAAAAGAGUUAUAAAAGGGGAAAGAAAAACUCUUUACACCUUUAUAUAUCUUUGCAAUGAAAAAGCUUUGAAUUUCUUAACCUCAUCAAUUCUUAUUUCUCCUAGCUUAAAAGAUUCCAACUUUACUCUUUUUUUCAAGAAUCUGAAACAAACCCUUGAUUUCCCUGUUCCUUUUCUCUACUGUCUGGGGUUCAUUGGGAUCAAAUUCUGUGUGUGAAAAUCAGAAAAUCAUUUUCCAAUUCAGUGAGUGGUUUUUCAAAAUUAAGGUCAGGAUUUGAGUGUGAUCCAUGUCGUCCGAUAUAAGCUAGUCCUUUUCUUCAAACUUCCCAUUUUCAUUUGGCUUGAUUUUUGAGAGAGAUUGAAUUCUGUUUUACUAAUUUCAUGGCUAAAUACACUGAAUGUUGCUCUUUUGAAAUCUUUGUUUCUGAUCUUGAAAGUUUCGAGCUUUAUUGCUUCUGCUGUUUCAACUUGUGAGCUUUUUAAGGGUUUCUAUUUUUGCUGAAUUGGGUGUUAGUGAGUGAAAAGAGGGUGGUGUAUGAGUGAGGGAAUGGGUAGAGAUCGUCUGCUUUUGGCUACAGUAGGACCACCGAUAAAAGCAAGAGCUGGGUUAAGGAGAAAACAGGCAGGAAGAGGAUCUUACAGAGGAAGCUAGGUAAGGUGAAAUUAGGGUUUUUGUUUUGAGGGUGAGGAUUUUGUUUCACUAACAAAGUUGGGUUCUUGGUGGUGGAAUUUGCACCGAGGAGCCUUUGAGUUAGGAAUUUUGAGAGGGGAGGGGGAAGGAUGGGUAUGGGUACUGACUUGCAUAAUACUUUGAGGAGCCUCUGCUUCAAUACUGAUUGGAAUUAUGCUGUUUUUUGGAAGCUUAAACAUCGUGCUCGCAUGGUGUUAACUUGGGAAGAUGGCUACUAUGAUAAUUGUGAGCAACAUGAUGCUUUAGAGAACAAGUGCUUCAGGCAGACACAAGAAAAUUUGCAUGGUGGGCAUUAUCCACGUGACCCGCUUGGAUUGGCUGUGGCAAAGAUGUCUUACCAUGUAUACUCUCUCGGGGAAGGGAUUGUUGGACAGGUGGCAGUCAGUGGAAAACAUCAGUGGAUCUUUGCAGAUAAACAUGUUACUAAUUCCUUCUCAUCAUAUGAGUUCUCUGAUGGCUGGCAAAGUCAGUUUUCUGCUGGGAUCAGGACCAUUGUUGUUGUGGCUGUUGUUCCGUAUGGAGUUGUACAGCUUGGCUCUUUGAAUAAAGUUAUUGAGGAUGUGAAUUUGGUGACACAUAUUAAAGAUGUCUUUUUUGCCCUUCAAGAUUCCACAGUCUCACAUGUUACUAGUCCAUCACAACAUAUUAUGAAGAACGCAUUAUGUCUGAAAACAGCAGCUGAAUUGAAAAAUAAACAAGAAGUGCUUGAAAUAUCAACACCAACAAAUGAUGAAAACAUCGAUUUACUUAAUCUGAAAUCAAAUGCCUCCUAUUUGGAUCACCGGAGUCAACUAGGGAUGGAUAUAAUUAGUGAUCGGAUGUUUGGAGGGGAGACUAGUGUUUGGAAAGAUCUAGGUCGGGGAUCAGAGCACAAAACGACAAUGCAUUCAAAUAGUUUUAUGAAGGAGAAUGUUAGUCUAUCUGAUCUUGCACUUCCAAAUGAAAAGCUUGGAGCUGAUCUUGCAGGCUUCCCUGCAGACCUCUUUGACUCUACCAUUUGUGAUAGAGAUAAGUCAGAUAGCAUUAAUCUUCGUCCAAAUGUGGUGUUGAAUGCACCUGAAUCUUCAGACAUAAGAUUCAAAAGGGAUUUGGAGAAGAAACUGGACCAUCCAGCUGAAUCAACUCACUUCAACUCCUCGGACACAUUUUUUAAGUUCUCUGCUGGCUGCGAGUUGCUUGAAGCGCUAGGACCAUCUUUCUUGAACAGGUGUAUGCCCUUCGAUUAUCAAACAGGGAAGAGUGAAGCUGGAAAUAUUUUUGAGAUGCCAGAGGGGAUGAGUAGUAGCCAGAUGACAUUUGACUUUGGCUCAGAGAAUCUUUUAGAAGCAGUAGUAGGCAAUGUUUGCCAUAGUGGCAGUGAUGUUAAAAGUGAGAAAUCAGGUUGUAAAUCAGUGCAGUCUCUGUUAACAGCUGAGAAAUUGCCUGAGCCCUCUAUCCAGACUAAGCAUAUCAUGAAUUCAGCAGGUUAUUCAAUUAAUCAGUCAUCUGUUGUUGAAGAGGAUGUACAUAAUUUAUCUAACUCAACAGAAGUAUGUGGUGGAAUGUCUUCCAAAGGAUUUUCAUCAACUUGUCCAAGUACCUAUAGUGAGCAGUUGGAUAAGCGUUCAGAAUCAGCUAAGAACAACAAAAAAAGGGCUAAAACUGGUGAAAAUUGCAGGCCUCGGCCAAGGGACAGACAGCUGAUCCAAGAUCGCAUCAAGGAGCUGAGAGAGCUUGUGCCCAAUGGAUCAAAGUGCAGUAUAGAUUCGUUGCUGGAGCGCACAAUCAAGCACAUGCUCUUUCUAGAAAACAUUACAAAGCAUGCUGACAAGCUCAAUAAAUGUACAGAACCGAAGAUGCAUCAGAAGGGAACAGAUGCCUCCAAUUAUGAACAGGGUUCGAGCUGGGCAGUGGAAGUGGGAGGUCAUCUAAAGGUCUCAUCAAUAAUAGUAGAAAAUCUAAACAAAAAUGGACAGAUGCUUGUAGAGAUGUUAUGCGAGGAAUGCAGUCAUUUUCUUGAGAUAGCAGAGGCUAUCAGAAGUUUAGGCCUGACAAUAUUGAAAGGAAUUACAGAAGUGCACGGUGAGAAGACAUGGAUAUGUUUCGUGGUUGAGGGGCAGAACAACAAAAUUAUGCAUAGAAUGGAUAUCCUAUGGUCACUCGUGCAAAUAUUGCAGCCCAAGACAACAAACUAAUCAAGAACAAGGGCUGGUCAGCUCUUGCAGCUUGUUGUAUUGCUUCUGUGUAAAAUAGUGAGUGAUUUGUGAUCUUUGAUUGACAUUUUUUUUUUGCAUGUGUUCCGAUUCCCAUUUGUAUCUCCACUAUCAAAAAUGAAAAGUGGGGCGGAGGAAAAGGAAAGCUAUUAUUUCUGGAAGAGCCUUGUUGAGAAUUUGUGGGUUUUCUUAUUUCCAGUGCACACAAACCUAUUAUUUGUUUGCAAAUUCCGUGUGUAAUAAUUUAUGUGGUGAGCAAUUGGCAGUGUUUAA